AUGAAGACUCUGGAGUGCCUGACCCGCCGUUUCCUGCAAGUUAUCUUUUCUCUACUGGGCCUGGUGCCACUUCCUCCUGUUUCACAGUUGAGAUGGCUCUUCCUAUCAUUGGCCAUUCGCUGCUGCUGGAUAGCUUACAUUAUGUAUUUGCUGGAAGUUGCCAUCAACUUCUCAUGGGUGGCCAUCGAAAGUGUGGGCAAUGCAGUGGGCACCGCGCUGUUCGUGGGCAACUCCGUGCUGGGACUUGCGCUCCUGCUGGAGAGUGUCCUUAAGCAGAAGACCCACAGCCAGCUGGAGGAUCUGCGAGUCCAGACGGAGUUGCAGCUGCAGAGACUUGGCAUGUUUGGCAGUUCUCGCCAUGCGGCCUAUCUAUUGCCACUGAUAGGAGUACAGUUUGCUUGCGAUCUUGUGAGACUGGCGACCAAUUGUGGGAAGACCGUAUCGCCCGUGUUUGGUAUAUCCUUGCCACUGAUGUGGCUGCUGCGGUAUCGCUACGUGCAACUGGUGCAGCACGUCAUGGAUCUGAACCAGAGAUCCAUCCAGUUGCGCCGAUCCCUGUUGUGCCUGGCCUCCGGCAAUGAUCUAUGGCAGCCCUUCGGAGUUCAGGAGUGCCUUCAACUUCAGACGCUUCGCAGCGCCUACGAAAGGAUCUUCGAGUGCUACGAAACCUUCAGCGAUUGCUAUGGAUGGGGUAUGCUGGGACUCCAUUUGCUGACCAGCUUCCAGUUCGUGACCAAUGCCUACUGGAUGAUCAUGGGCUUGUACGAUGGCGGCAGUGUGCGUGCCCUGAUCUUCAACGGCGCCACUGGGAUCGACUUUGGCACUCCGAUUGCCACUCUAUUUUUGCACGGCGACUCAGGUGCGGAAAAUGGCCGUCAAAUCGGUUGUCUUAUUUCGAAGCUGGUGAAACCCCAGGGCAGCAAGCGAUACAAUGAUUUGGUGGGUGAAUUUUCGCUGCAAACACUGCAUCAGCGUUUUGUGGUGACCGCCAAGGAUUUCUUCAGUCUCAAUCUGCACCUGCUCUGUAGCAUGUUUGCAGCUGUGGUCACAUAUCUGGUCAUUCUCAUACAGUUCAUGUUUGCUGAAAGAAGUUCUACGCGAAGUAACCAAUGA